UGUGCGGAAAACCACCCUUUGCCUUCCACUCUGCUGCUGGAGACAACCACAUCCUCCCCACCUCCUACCGGCUCCAUGGAGAGUUCAGAUGUGGAGCUGGACCUGCAGAGGAGUGUGCAGGCUGUACUGCGAGAGCUCAAUACGCCAAACCCAGCCCUGCAGAGAAACCAAGGCAUGUGGAGAUGGUCACUGCACAAGAAAGUGGAGCGAGAUCCCGGAAAGAACUCCGUGCUGGUCCGAAUUCUGCUCAGGGAGCUGGAGAAGGCAGAAAGUGAGGACGUGCGGCAUGUCAUCAUCCCCUUGCUGCUCACUCUAAUGUACGUGCUCACUAAGGCCACAGGUAUCACAGAAGAGCUCUACCAGAGAACAUAUACCUUCUGUACCAGGCUGCUGACCCUGCCUGCCCCCUAUUCUACAGUUGCUUUGGACUGUGCCAUAAGGCUGAAAACAGAGACAGCUGUCCCAGGCACGCUGUACCAAAGGACAGUCAUUGCUGAGCAGAACCUGAUGAGUGAACUGUACCCUUACCAGGAGAGAGUACUCCUGUUUGUGGAUCCUGAGCUGGUUUCUGCCUCCGUGUGCAGCGCCCUGUUGCUGGAGAUUGAGGCAGCCCAGGAGCAGCAAACACCAGAGGUCUGCAUGCGACACGUUGUCUCCCAUGCCCUGCAGGCAACUCUGGGGGAAGCCUGCCAUACAGGUGCUCUGCACAGGAAGCUGCAGGCCAGCUCCCGUCGCGUCCUGGAGUACUAUUUCCACGCAGUAGUGGCUGCCAUGGAGCAGGUGGCUAGCGAUGACUACCCCAGGCGGCUGGGACAUCUGGAAAGGCUAAAAGAGAUUCACUGCUCGCUGAUAGGACCGGCCGCGAGGGACCGUGGCAGCGGCGACCCUCUCCAAGACCGACUGCCAAGCAUCCCUCUGCCCAGCCCCUACAUUACCUUCCACCUGUGGACGGACCAGGAGCAGCUCUGGAAAGAACUGGUGCUCUUCCUUCGUCCACAUUCCCAGCUACGCCUCAGCGCUGACUUGGAGGCUUUGGAUCUACAAGGCCUCAGGCCAGACCGGGACUUGGCCCGGGUGUCUAUGCUAUCCACUGACAGUGGUAUUGAGCGGGAUCUUCCUUUGGGAGCCGAUGAGCUCCCAGCCCCUAGCAGCCCCGAGAUGGAGCGGGCUUCACUGCAACGCAAGGGAGGCAUCAAGAAGCGUGUGUGGCCCCCCCACUUCUCCAUGCCUGGCAGCUGGGAUGGGACCCCAGGGCUGCACCGGAGAACUGGCAGGCCCAGUGGGGAUGGGGAGCUGCUUCCUGGUGUCUCCCGGGUGCAUACAGCCCGUGUGCUGGUGCUGGGGGAUGACAGGAUGCUGGGGCAAUUGGCCCAGGCCUACCACAGACUCAGGAAACGGGAGACCAAGAAGUUCUGCCUCACUCCCAGACUCAGCCUGCAGCUUUACUACAUCCCGGUGCUGGCACCUCAGGGACCCACAGCAUCCAGAAAGCUUGAGCUGGGAGAGCUGGCCUCCUUUCUGGGCCAAGUGGACCCAUGGUAUGCAAGCACCGUCAACACCUUGUGUCCUGCCAUCCUCAAGCUGGCUGAGAUGCCUCCCUGUCUGGACACAUCCCGGAGUGUGGACCCUUUUAUCCUUGAUGUCAUCACUUACUAUGUUCGCAUGGGCACCCAACCCAUCUAUUUCCAGCUUUACAGAGUUAAGAUCUUCACAGACCUGAGUCAAGACCCUACAGAGGACAUUUUCCUUACAGAGCUGAAGGUGAAGAUCCAAGACUCCAAGUCCCUCAAAGAGGGCUCUUCACCCUGGAAGAGAGGGGCAGCUGAGGGUCAAGGUGCCGAGCUGUCCAUAUGCUACCAGAAGGCUCUGCUCAGCCAUAGGCCUCGAGAGGUCACUGUUUCCCUGCGGGCCACUGGGCUGGUCCUGAAGGCCAUUCCAGCUGAUGAUACAGAAGUUUCAGGGUUCUCCCAUGGCUCCCCGAAUGCUGCUUCUGUUACAGACCACACAUGUCUUCAUGUCAGUGUAACCGAGGUUGUCAAGUCCUCCAACCUGGCGGGAAGGUCAUUCCCUUCAGCGACAAACACCUUCCGGACAUCCAGUAUCCAUGUCCAGAGCCAGGACCAGAGGCUACUGACACUGUGGCUAGACAAGGACAGUCGACGCACUUUCAGGGAUGUGGUCAGAUUUGAAGCUGAUCCCUGCCCAGAGCCAUGUUCCCGAGCCCAGAAAUACAAGACAUCAGGGCUCAAUUCACAUGGGCAGGAAACAGAAAGGACCGUGGAGAGGCCCAAACCCCUUCUUAUGCCUAUCAACACAUUCUCUGGCAUCAUCCAUUGAACCUGCCAGGCCAGUGGAAGAGCUGGGUCUAGAGGCAGCAGGCCCAAGAUUAAGGAAACACUACCUACUCACCCCACAACACUCACAUAGACACCCACUGGACAGCUUCGCUUGGAUCAGGAACCAGAAGUGCCUGGGAGUUCAGAGUCUGGCUAUAGGGGCAUGUGGUGAAGAAGGAUCCAAACCAAUACUGAGGGAUUGUUGAGCAAAGCUAGGAAGGAGUGAGUUUGUGCACACACAGCCCAGCUUCUCCCAACAUCACUCCUAUGUUAAUUUUCCUCUCGCACAUAUCCAGCUAUUUUCAUCCACUCAGUUCCCUACCAAGUCCUGAAAACCACUGUCAGAGGGCUGCAGGUGUAGCUAGGUAGUUCAGUGUUAGAGCACUUCCCUAGUGUGGGAGGCCCUAGGUUCAAUCCCUAGC